UAAAUAAUAUUUUGGUGACGUAGUCUGUUAAUUUCCACUAAGCAAAAGAGUACUGACUUUUAUGAAUGGUUGGUUGUCUAUCAAGUCAACAGUAAAUAAAAAUCCAGAGUUGGAUCAUUAAUAAUCACAAAUGAUUAGAGACAUAUUUAAUGCAUUGUCUUUUAUUUCUUCACUCUCCACUACCUAAAAAGAGACAAGCAGCUUAAAGCCGAAGAAAGAAGCAGAGUAAACCAAAAAAAAACAUGGGAGAAGAGAAGGCGAAACUGGCGCUUGUGUUAGCCGCAAAGUCAAGAUCAUUGCUGUACACAUCGUCACCUGCUACUCCAUGUGUGUUUGCCUCUCCGAUUCACACUCUUGCCUCUGUUCCGUUUUGCUGGGAAGAUCAACCAGGCAAGCCAAAGAACCCUCUUCUUCCUUUUUCUUACCCAAAAUGUCUUGAAUUGCCACCGCGCUUGCUCCUUCCCGGAGAGUUUGCUCAAAUGCCCUUGCCUGAGAGGAAGCAUGGGCUCUUUGGGUUCAUGAAGAGGAAAGGGAGAGGGGAGGUUGUUGUCAGGGGUAGUCAUGUCUUUCCGUCGGAGAAGGAGAGAGCAGGUGAGAUCAACAACAUGAAGAUCAUGAAGUUUAGCAGAUCAGGGAGCUUCCAUGGUGAUGGCUUUUGGGCAAGUUUAUGCAAAGGGUUGAAGCAAGCAAUGCCAUGGAAGAACAAGAGUAUGAGAAGCAAAAGUCUUUGAGCAUAUGUUCAACUGCAUUACAAGACAAACAAUGUUCAUCUUUUGAUCUACCUAUUGAGGAUCAAGUUGAUGUAAAAGAGCUAUUACUAAGAGUGUAUGUAAGACUAGCAAUUUCAUCAUAAUGUAAAAAUAUUAUCUCUGUGAUUUGUAUGUGGCAACAAAAGUUUAAUGCUAUUGGAUUUGUCAUUAAGAAGUGGAUACAUUUGAUAAAAAUGAUGAACAGAGUGUACUUAACACACAUGCCUUUAUGUUAAAAAAAAAAAAAGAGAGGUCUGGCUUAUUUCAUUUGUGAAUGUAAAAGAGUUAGAAGACAAAAAAAAGGGAAUCUGAAUG